AUGCGUGCCAGUUGGGUGGAUAUUCAUCCUAACGCCACAUGGAACAAGAACGGUCAGACGGCGAUUGAACGAAAUUCUAUUCUCACUCUACCCCACGGUUUAUUCGUGGCUGAGGAUCAGACGGUCUAUGUUGUUGAUCAAAAUAAUAACCGUAUUGUGGCUUGGAAGGAUGGCGACACACGGUGGCAGGUGGUGGCGGGUGGAAAUGGAGAAGGAGACGAUGAUAAUCAACUGGACCGGCCGACAGAUGUAAUCGUGGACAAGAAGACUGAUAGUCUUCUCAUUUGCGAUUACUGGAACAGAAGAGUGGUUCGUUGGCCUCGUCGAUAUGGUACUCGUGGAGAAACAAUUCUCUCCGGCAUCAGCUGUUACGGCUUGACAAUGGAUGAAGAAGGAUCACUCUAUGUCUCUGACGUAGUUGAACAUGAAGUAAGACGAUAUCGUCGAGGUGAUUCGCUAGGAGUAGUGGUGGCUGGUGGAAACGAAGACGGAAGAGAUCUCAAUCAGCUCAGUGGACCCCGCUACCUCUUCGUUGAUCGUGAACACUCAGUGUUUGUCUCUGAUUAUAACAAUAAUCGAGUGAUGAAGUGGGCAGUAGGGGCAAACGAAGGAAUAGUGGUGGCGGGUGGUCGAGGAGAAGGAAAAAGUCUGUCACAACUGUCUAACCCUAAUGGAGUACUAGUAGAUCAGUUAGGUACUGUUUAUGUUGCUGAUUCAGAGAAUAAUCGAGUUGUCCGUUGGCCACAAGGAGCACAACAAGGAACGGUGGUGGUAGGUGGAAAUGGUCAAGGAGCAAAAUCAAAUCAACUGAGUGUACCGAAGGGAUUGUCAUUUGAUCGCUUUGGUAAUCUCUAUGUGACCGAGUUUGGAAUCAACCGAAUGGUAAAAUACACUCUGGAAAUGUCCUCGAAUUAA